AUGAAUGAUGAUCUAUGUGGAAAAUUUAUUUUUUUGAGGACGUAUUUACCCGAUGAUUUAAGCGAUACACCAAAAUCUGAACUUAAAGAUCAUGAAAAAUUCAAAAAGUAUUGCCCUAAUACAAAUUCUGGAAAAAAUGAAUGCGAUAAUGAUCUAGGUAAAAUUACGGCUGGAUUUUUAUGGUUACUUGAAGAAUGUUAUUCUGCAUUCAAAAAUAAAACUAAUGAAAAUAGUAUUAAUGCAUUUUUUAUGCAUAUGAUUUCAUGGUUUAGUUACAAAUUAAAGCAAAAAUCAGUAUCCGAGUCCACCAAAAUAUACGAUUAUUAUACUAAACAUGUAAUUGAUAGUGGUAAAUAUAAUGAAUUUACAAAUAGUGCCUAUAAAUUUACAGAACUUAAGGACUUCAUUGAAGAACGAAAAGAUUUGUUGAAUAUUAAUAUUCAAAAUCUGUCUAAAUUUUAUGAUGCAUUUAAACUAUUAUGUAGUAUUUAUGGUGAUAUUUCAACGAAUACAAAUGUCAAAAACUUGUCAGAUAAUGCGAAUGAAUUUGUUAAAAAAUAUCAAGAACUUAAUGCAUAUUCUAAUAAUACAGAUGACAGUACAUAUAGACAAAUAUUGUCUAGUUUAUCAACUAAUUAUGAUCAUUUAAAAACUAAAUGUAAAAAUGAUCAACCGCUUCCAGAGAUAACAGCAAACAUUUAUGCACUAACAUCUGGAGAGACAUCAUCAAGUUCAUCGGGAACAAACAAAUUACUUACAGUUUUAUCGAUAUUUGGUGCAAUAGCAUUUUUUUUAGGAAUUUCUUAUAAGUAUUCGCUAUUUGGAUUUCGGAAACGAGCUCAAAAACAAUAUUUAAAAGAAAAAAUAAAAAAUAUAAAGAAGAAAAUGAAUCAUUAA